AUAGUUGCGGCGCUAAGAAUCUUUGAUAACAAAGUGUAGAAAACUGUGCUCGUUGGCGGAGAUAUUGAUUGUUAUUUGUUACUGUUGUGGUGUAUGUGCUCUAACAGGUUGUUAACCAUGUAGGCGAAGAGUUGGGUAAUGUUGAAAAUUGUCUAGUGUUGAGAAGCAGAGCGUAGUGGAAAAAUGGUGGACAUACUUAGGAGUAACUUUGAAGAGAAAUUGCCGGAGAUAAAAGCUGCACUGACAAAUGCAAAAUUUAUUGCAAUUGACACGGAAUUCACAGGGUUGUCCGUGUACAAAAAUUACAAGCCAAGUCUGUUUGACACAGGAAGACAGAGAUAUGAAAAAUUAAGAAGAAAUCUUGAAAAAGUAAUUAUUAUACAGAUUGGUUUGUCUGUAUUUUCAUAUGUUAGAGAUGAAAAUAAAUAUGUUGCCAAUAUAUACAGAAUACCUGUUUAUCCCUGCAGUUUUGGUUCAAUAGAUAGUGUUUACCUCACACAGGCAUCAUCUGUCCAUUUCCUGUGUGAGUAUGACUUUGACUUCAAUAAGGUGAUGUAUGAAGGCGUUCCAUAUCUGAAUUUGCGAGAUGAGAAACGGCUGAAGCAAGAAUUGCAGGAAUGUAGAAAUGUGAUUGAUCUCAGAAAUCUGAGUUUCUUGGAAGAAGAAGCAAUAAUUUAUUUGAAGACUGAAAUGGAUAAAGUGGUUGACUGGGUAUCUACAGCUUGCAUUGGAGAUACAUUAUUACUAUCAACCUUUCUAAAAGCAAGAAUGAAGAGACAGUUAGGUUAUUGUCUUCACAUUGAACUGCGACAUAGGUUCAACAACAUUUGGACAUAUGGUGAUGAAGAAGGUAUCAUUGUUAAAAAGAUCGCAACGGAGAAACAUCGCUUAAUGUCUAACAAAGAGAAUAAGGAAAAAUUAGAUGAAGACUUAAUCCACUAUCUGCUUGGUUUCUCUCAUAUUUUCAAACUGUUAGUUGAACUGAAGAAACCAAUUGUGGGACACAAUUGCCUUUUAGAUCUAAUGCUUUUGUACCAGCAAUUCCAUGAUGUUUUGCCAGGGUCUUAUAGCUCAUUUAAGAAGAAAAUGAAUGAGCUGUUUCCAAAUUUGUAUGACACGAAGCACAUUAGUUUCGAACUACAGCACAGGCUGGACAGAGAUGUUCUGCCCUCAACAAUACUUUCCGACUUGUACGCAUUUUUUGAGGAAGGGAGAGGCUCUGUGCUAGGAGCGUAUACUCCAACUGUAGAAACAGAGUUUGGUGAUGAUGGUGUUACAAAACAAAUUCAUGAUGCUGCUUGGGAUUCCUACGUUUCUGGAUAUUGUUUUAUUCGAAUGGCUCAUGUUAUUGCUAAUAGGAAGUUUGAAAUAAUAGUACAGCAACCACUAACAAGUGUGGAACAUUUUACAUCCCUGGAAGACUUCAAAAAUAAGAUUAAUGUCAUCCGUUGUGCUGUAUCUCAUAUAUGUCUCAGUGGUCCUGAUCCAGAGUCGAGGCGACCUCAAUGGAUAUAUGUAGAAACAAGAACAAACAGAAAACUAUCAGAAGAUGAGGUUUAUCUUCUCUUUUCUCAAUAUGAUGCUGUUGAUGUUACUCUGUAUUCCAAGAAUUCUGCUCUUGUGGCAAUUGGAAACUCCAGAAGUGCAAGAAUGAUUCGGAAAAAGUUACAAGAAAAUGAAGAGUUCAAAGUUACAAGUUACAGUUUAAUCAGCCAUAACAAACUGCUCCGCUGUGUGCUAUGGAUAUGUGCAGCUUCCACAAGUAUGACAGCAGCAUGGUUUAUCACAAGACAUGCAAUUCUUCGUAACAGAUAAAACCAUAACUCUUGUAUUGUGUAGAUUUGCACCUUGGGUAGCAAAUGUUUCCACAAGAUGUGUAAACUGGAUGCAGUCACAUUUUUAUUUUUGAACAGAGCAGCACAAAAUGUGCAAUUGCAGACUAGAAAUUUAUUUGUAAGUCUUGUAAAAAUGUAGCCUGUUUCCAGCCCCUUUUGUAUUUUAGCUGUACUUCUUAUUACUUAUUUUACUUUAAAAAAAUAGGUACCUAUUUUUACAUCACUGUAUUUUUGUAGGAUAAGAACAAUAUUGGUCCUGGUCAUUUGAAAUUCCAUUCCAAUUUAGUUUCAUUGUGGAGGGCAUCCGCUACAGUUUCCUUUCUAAAAAUAUUUCUCCUAGCAGUUUGCUGCUUCAGAAUUUAUGAUCAAUCAGGUCACUUGCUUUUGUAUGUGCAUUGUAGCGGAGGUCACUAAUGCAUGCCUGUGUGGUGGUGCUCGGCUCAGAGGUAAGCUGAUUCUAGUCAUAGUGGUGCAUGAAAUGUUUAUUAGCAGUAUUUGGCUGGCAAGAGGAGUAGAAAUAUUGACUGUAAGUUCCUGAUCACUAGUCAUUAUUUAUUAUCGUGUUCAAAACUCUCUCAGGUAGCUUUCUUUUCUUUGUCUCCAUUAGGUGUCCAACAAAACAUAACCAAUCAUUUAAAGGUUUCCGUAAAUAACUGCAACCCAUCACCUUUUGUAAUUCUUCAAUUUUUAUUUACCAUGACUGGUUUCAAAUUGCCUAGCAAUUCACCUCCAGAUGGUAUAUAUUUACUGUCUGGUGAUGAAUUGCUGGAAUGUUUGGAGCCUUGUGGGGAGUCGUGCAGCUGUGGAAAAAUAUAAAAAUAAAACGAGUAAGCACUGAAUAUGGCGAGACCAACUUAACAGUUAUUAGCAUCUGUUGGUUUAUUUCUAGUGCACGCUUUACUGUGGAGAACAUAAUGUAUGUUUUCCAGUAACAUUAAAUCUGAAGCACUGGACAAGCUUUGUCACAACACAAACACCCGCGUAAACCAAAGACAGUGAUUAAAUUUAUGUUCAGAGAAUUUAUAUUGAAGAAUAGUUUUCCUUAUGUUACCAAGGUAAGUCAUGUAUGAUCAAAAUCAGUUUAAUCUUAGUUUAUUAAAACAAGGAGAAAAUAAACUUACAUAAUAUGAGCUAAACUACUGUUUUUAAAACAGUAAUGAAAUAGAUUUUCACUAUAACUCUCUGUUGCCAAGGACAGGUGUUAAAAGACACAGUAAUGACACAUACGAAGCAGUAAACAGUGCAGUUGCAUCAGAUCUCAGUCUGCUGCUUAUUUGAUCACUAAUUAUCUUGUAGACAACUGCCUCAAUGUGGAAUUAUGUUGCUAGUUCGCAACUGGGGUCAUUUUUUUGAACUGAUCAUAAAUUUUUUCUUGCCCAGCUCGCUUUGUGUCUUACAUUACUGCUGCUCACUUGGACGUAUGACAACACAAUUUAUCACUGUUUUACCUGAAAAAUACUGAAGGAAUAGGUAUAGGUUUACAGUUGUGAAACAAAACUUUAAUCGCACAAAAUCAUUUUAUUUUUGGUUGAUGCACUUUUAUACACAGGUUAAUUUAUUCUGAAAACACAUUUAUUCAUUUUUAUGUUCAUAAUUUUGUGGAGACCUUCAUACAAAUACAUACCAGUAAUACCACACACAUCUGCGCAUGCGCACACACACACACACACACACACACACACACACACACACACACACACACACACACACUUACACACAUUUUUUUUUUUUUGCUAGUAUGAUAACACUUCACUCUAUUGCCAAGCAAAUUAAACAGAUUAUUCUUCAAAGCCACAUUUUUUUUUUAUAUUCCGGUACACUUUCUUUAGAAACUGGGACUGAUAGACGUCAAACUUUCAGGCUCUCUAGUUAAUAGAGUAAUUAUUAAUCAGAUAAAAAAGGGACCUGGAAUGAUACCAAGAAUAAAUUUACAAGCUUGAAGGUGGUUGAAAAUAUCUAUAAUAUUUUUGUGUUGAAACAAAGAAAAGCAUUACUUGUAACAUCUGUAAAACACAGUAACCAGUUUUUAUGCAUUUUGAGGAUGGUGUUUCAUCUAUAUUCUGUAAGAGUUUCGGGUCUUUGUCUCUACCAGUUUCUUCAGAAAAUGUACCUGAAGUUUGCUCAUUUUAACAUUGAUUGCUUAUGGGAGUUUCUUCACGACUGGUUUGGCUCCCCCCAUCCCCCGAAGAACUGUGCGGGAAACAAACUGCAAAAAAGUUAGAUGAAAUCUAAAAUAAAUGUUGAGGUUGCAGUGUGGAAGAAACAAAAUGGAGAAGAGGGUGUGGGACUGGUGGGAUUCCUUUGGAACCAGAUGACUUUAUCCUCUAAGGAUCUCUUUGCAGGUAUACUGAUGUCGACCAACAGGUUCCCCAGAGGCUUAAAUAAAACAAAGGAGGCAGUUUCUGGGGGAAAAGGCAGUAUAUACAUGCUAAUAAUGAUGCAUUGCAUGUAAUAUCUGUUUUCCACUUUAGAAGCAGUUUAUCAACUGUAGUUCAGUGACUUGCUUGCACAGUCUUUAACUUCUUGGCCAUAGUAAUGCAAUUUCAAAACACAAAUACUCCAGCUGGAAUUCACAAUAAUGUAUUCGUCACUGGAGUCUCAAACACAAAUGGGCUAUUUCAUUUUGCAGAAGUCUACACCAGCGUGUAGAGAAUAGUAAAGAGUCAGAGCUACUAUGGGAAUAGAACCACUGUCAUAAUAUAUAUGCCAAUUUUAGGCUCUAUGAGAAAUAAUAUUUUUACACAUACUGAAUUACAAAACUGUAGGAUCAACAAAGAACAACACAACCAAACAUACAAACAAGCAGACGCCUAACGUGAGGGACUUCUUUCAUUGUAAGGAGAGGAAAGAGACAAAAUUCCAACAGAUAACUUAAUCUUCCUGUGGGUAACACAAUCUAUUAAUGACAACACAUGCAAAUAAAAUGUAAAUUUUAAUUAAUGGCUAUGCACAGACCAGUAAUGAUGAAAAAGGAAUCCUAUGUAGCAUUGAUGACUUCAAAGAACAUUCACAACACAGAUCAAUUUGGCAGACACAUGGCCUUAAAUUCUUUAACAAGUCGCCAGCUUGCAUGACUCCCUUACACAAGUACAAGAAAGUUUUAAAAUCUUUGCCAAAAGAGCAAGAAUGUUAGAAAGUUGAUGAAAUCAUGGAGAGUGAUUUCCUAGAACUGUGCUUUGGGUAGCUGUGCGUAUCAGUAAAAUUGCAUGUAAUUAUCAUAUAGUUAGAAUUUUGCAUUUAUAUAGAUGUGAAUGAAUAUGCAAGUAUAUUGCUCAACUAGCCAUAUGUAAUCGUAAACUGCAAACGCAUAUAAUUAAUAUGUAUAAGUAUGUAACUGAUAUACAAUUGUAAUUUAGCAUUUAUAUAUGUGUGUGUAAACAAGUAUUCCACUAAUUAUUGAGGGUGAGUCAAAAAGGACUUUACAACUUUGGAAUGAUAUUGAAAUUUAUUAAGCUAACUUACAGAAUUGGUAGAUGAGUCAUUUCGUAGAAAGCAGCCUAAAGUUUGAUUCACGUAAUACACCAGUACCCCAUUCCACCACCAGGAGCGCCUGUGUAGUGCACAGUUAAAAUGGCUACUUCCACUAGUACGGAGGAUGUUGUCACUGGUAUUGUGUACAUGAAUGUGCUUGAAAACCUUUUUACUUCCACAGAUCGAUGAAGAUGAUUGAGAUGGGAGUUUUACUACUACUACUACUACUACUACUCUACUAAUACUACUACUCUACUAAUACUACUACUCCUUGCAAGAUGGUGCACCACCUCAUUUCCCCAUAGAACUUCAAGGCUUCCUGGAUAAUCACUUCCCAGGUCGGUGGAUUGGCUGUGAAGGACCAGAUACGUGGCUAUCUCGCUCGCCAGACUUCACACCACUAGAUUUCUCUCUCUGGGGCAUGAUUAAAGACUGUGUGUAUGUUUGUCCCAUACCAAACAAUUUAGCUGACCUGAUAAAUGAAAUCUAUGCUGCUGUUGUGCAAAUUGUGCGGAAUGUGCUGCAACUAGCAUGGGAAGAAGUUGAUUACCGAUGGGGCGUCUACCGCAUCACAAACGGUGGUCACAUUGAACCAAAAUGACACUUCUUGAGAUUAUUUGCUGCAAAAUGACACAUCUACCGAUUCUGUAAGUUAUCUCAGUAAAUUUCUAUGUAUUAUGAAGUUUUAAAAUCUUUUCGACUCAUCGUGUAUAUCGGUGUUAAUAGUGUAUUAGAAGCUGACAUUGUACGCUUACAAAAAUGUGCUUUUAUUUACUCAUAAAGCUCAUUUAUCAAUUGUAUUGACUAACUGUGCUUUACAUGCUGACGAGGCCAAUUGUAUCAAAAUAUACUGAAUGGCUGAUAAUAAACAUUCCAAGGAUAACAUGGUGUGAGAAGCCAGCCAGAAACUUCGCAGUACUUUAAUGAACAAAUACUUAGUAGUUGAUGCUAAAUUCAUGAAAUUGAAAUAUUGAUGUGUAACAAAGAUUGUGGUGUGAAGGAUCAUUAUGUAAAAAUUUGUCUAAUUCA